GAAAUCCACUUGGUUUUAAUCGGCUGUCAUUCUCUAUACCCUUUUUUUUUCACGAAGCUUAGAGUGAUCGACCGUUCGUUAUUCCAAGAUUCAUUUACAAUAGUCACCUCGCUGAGGAUGUCGAGCACCAACGAAACCGCCGCUGUACUUGGUGAACACGAGGGAACUGCACCGAGUACAAGCUCUACAGAUGCGAAAAGCUUGACGCGGGAUCCGGAACACCAACCUACAGAAGACGAUGUCGAUAUGGAAAAAGUAGAGACCGGCGCAAAAGAUCCCGAUAUUGUCGACUGGGAUGGUGAUAAUGAUCCUGAAAAUCCUCUCAACUGGCCAAGAUCCAAACGUUUACCCGUCAUAAUUGUCGUAUCCUUCGUUGCAAUGCUGUCUCCAUUCGCAUCAACUAUGAGUGCCUCAGCCACACCCUUGAUCAUGAAAGACUUUCAUUCUACCAAUGACACACUGGGAACCUUCAUAACAUCCGUCUACAUUCUCGGCUACGCGUUUGGACCUCUUUUCUGGGGACCGCUCUCUGAGCUGUACGGUCGUCAGCACAUGUACAACGCAUCCAAUGUCAUUUUCUUCAUCUUCAACAUCGCGUGUGCAGUUACCAACAACAUCGGAGGAUUGGUUGCUUUUCGUUUCAUCGCAGGGGUUGCUGCAAGCUGCCCAGUUACCAUUGCUACUGCAACAGUGGCGGAUCUGUAUCCCCUCGAAAAGAGAGGAAGAGCACUGUCCUCUGUAAUGCUAGGGCCUUUGUUUGGGCCAACGAUUGGUCCUAUUGCUGCUGGGUAUCUCAGCGAAGCAAGGGGAUGGCGAUGGGCCUUUUGGCUUCUUGUGAUUCUUUCCGGAUUCGCCGUCGUUAUCAGCUUCGUCUUCAACCGUGAGACCUAUGCAUAUACCAUAUUGGAGCGCAGGGCCACGCGCCUACGGAAGGAGACAGGAAAUCCAAACCUUCGGUCCAAACUAGCCACAGACAAGACACCAACCGAAUAUUUCAAAAUGUCGAUGGUUAGGCCCAUGAAGAUGCUUCUUCUUUCCGCUCCUGUGUUCUUGAUGUCUUUCGUAAUGGCUACUGUUUACGGUUACUCCUACCUCCUCCUAACUACAUAUCCUCGCGUCUUUGGUCAACAAUACGGAUUUUCGGAGAAGGGAAUUGCCCUAACGUACUUGGGCAGCGGUGUCGGUACAUGCCUCGGCCUUGUAUUCAGCGGCGCAGUCCUCGACCGCAUCGCCAGCACACUGAAGGAGCGUAACGGUGGCAAGCACAGGCCCGAGUUCAGACUUCCAGCCAUGCUGAUCUCAAGCCUUCUGGUCCCUAUAGGCCUCUUCAUGUACGGCUGGACGGCAGAGAAACAAGUCCACUGGAUCGUACCAAUCAUUGGAACAGGUUUUCUUGGUGCGGGCAUGAUCAUUAUGUUUCUUCCCGGCAUCACCUACCUCGUCGAUAUCUACACCGUAUAUGCAGCGUCUGUCAGUGCCGCGUGCACAGUGUUACGAUCCCUUGUCGGAGCAUUGCUGCCGCUUGCUGGACCUGCCAUGUACGACGCGCUGGGCAUUGGAUGGGGCAAUUCGCUGUUGGGGUUCAUCGCUGUGGCGUGUAUUCCCGUGCCCAUUUGUUUCUGGAUCUUUGGUGAACGCAUUCGGAGUAGUGCGUCCAAGAGGCAGUUCUAG